AUGCCAACUCCUCAAUGGGAACCAGCCGAGGUACUCCGACUUGACCCCUACUCAUCCGGCUUCACAUGUAUCGGCUACGCCCCGUCGAAAGGCCGGAGAUGUCGUAACCCCAUCGCAUGUGCCAACCGUCAGGACUCUGCAAAGAUACUACUGGAGAUUUCGAAACUUGAUCCUCAGUCCCAAAGAGUCGAUGACGAACUCGAAGACCUAGCGUCUCGCCUUCUUUGCAGGAGAUGGCAUCAGGACCAAGCACUAGAUAUGAAGAGACAGUGGCGACGUAACAUUGAGAGUUACCGAGCUGCCGAAACUGCUCGUCUACGUGAGCGUACGGAGUACCUGGUGCAACUCCUGUUCACAGCUGCAGAAGUCCGGGCAGAGCAGUCGAGCACAGUCCGGGCAGAGAGGGCAAGUCCGGCAGAGCGGCAAGCGACAGAGAGGUCGAGUGCAGUCCAGGCACAACAGUCUAGCACAGUCCGGGCAGAGAGAUCGAGUGCAGUCCGGGCAGAACAGUCGAGCACAGUCCAGGCAGAGCGGUCAAGCACAGUCCGGACAGAGAGGUCGAGUGCAGUCCAGGCACAACAGUCGAGCACAGUCCGGGCAGAACAGUCAAGCACAACUCAGGUAGAGCAUUCAAGUAUAGUCCGGGCAGAACGGUCGAGCAUAGUCCAGACGGAGCGGCCAAGCACAGUCCGCACGACCCCAUCUCCGGCGUCUUCCACUUUGGCUCAAACUCGAGCAACGACCCUUAGGAUAGACCAAACCGCGACUUCGGUGGUGCACCUAUCUAUUCACGUCUCCUCCUCAGCAACCCUGUCGAUUACUACUGGAGAAGAACCGGGAAGAAGAGAGAACAAUGAUCCAAAUGAAGAAGAAUCCAGACGGCAAACGGACCCAGACCCUAACUCGUCGAGCCCGCCGGAAGCACUACCGCAAGAAACAAACCCAUCCCCAAUUCCAUCCGCGGCCAACCUCACCACACCAAGAGAAGAAGCGGCAAACGCAACGUCAUCCGAAGCGCCUAUCCUCGAACCACCCACACCCUCACACCCACACCCUCACACCACUCCCACGACCGCAGACCCAUAG